GUUCUCCUGUCAUGGGACUUUCUUAUACUGGUUGUGAGGAUGCCCAUGUUGUCGUCAAGUUGAACGCAAUCCCCGAGUCCAGUCCAAAUGGCAAACUGGUCAUCAUACUCGACAAAGUCGCCAUUUUAUGUAAGGUACUCAGGCAUCGUAAAACGGGGGGCCUUCCAAGGGGGAAAAAGAAAAGAACCGGUAUUAUAUUUGGUCUGUAGCCUCCCCAUGCUUAUAAUGAAGCGCAUAAGGCUAUGCUGUGUUGCUGGUCUACAAGCAUGCACGCCCAGGAAGACGAAGAGACAGACGCACGACGUGAAAGGCCAACACGGGAAUCGGAUCGUUUGCCCUCUUCUUCUUCUUCUCUUUUUUGUUCUCCUCCUCUUCUUCGUUCUCGUCCUCUUCUCUUCUUUUGUUUCUUCUCCCUCUCGACCUAAAGCAGACUACCUGCAGUGCAGUGCGCUUGUUGCCCAAUGCAUCUUUCUGCUGUUUAGAUCCAAAAUGUUCUCUCCGCCGCCCUGCUACUUGGGAUUUUCUCCAUCCACCCGCUAUAUCAUGGCGGAAAAGUCUGGCUUUUGCAGAUUGCUGCAUUUUCUCAUCUUCUCCCUGAUAUAAAUCGGAUAACUCGGAUGGCGAAGACGGAUAAAGAGGAAAGAUAAAAAAGAAGUCCGUGAAAAAAAUGGGCUAGGGGGGGUAUCGUGGGAAAAAGUCGUACGCACUCGUCCUCUACUGAAUGCAUCGCGAAAGAAAGAAAGGGGGGGAGGGAGGCUCGCACCGCCAGGGUCCCAGAACCGAAAAGACGAGAAAACCCACCUCCCCCCCUUCAAGAAAAAGAAGAAGAAAAAAAAAGGCCGGGAAUAGGACGAC